AUGCCGCUACAUCAGAAGAAAAUGGUUUACAGGAAAUGUGUGCGGUUAUCACGUGAAAUAUUUGCGCAGAAAGCAUUCGAUCUUUAUCGCGGUGAUGAGCUGUCUCCUGGUAAGGACGUCACAACGGAUGCUCAGAUUGAUAAUUUCGUCAAGGAGAUGUCAGCUUCUGCAUACCAUCCAUGCUGUUCAUGCAAAAUGGGCUCACAAGAUGAUAAAAUGGCAGUUGUUGAUCCCGAGACGAUGAGUGUUUAUGGUACACAAAAUCUGAAGGUUGUUGAUGCAAGUGUAAUGCCAUCAGUAGUGAGUGGCAAUCUGAACGCUCCCGUAAUAAUGAUGGCAGAACGAGCUGCUGAUAUUCUUCAAGGAAAAAGAUUACCUGCUUUAGCAGUACCUAUUUUUAGUCAUACCUCGGGUUGA